GCAGGGGCAGCAGCAGCAGGCUUCUCAACAGUGUCCAGCAGAGGAAGGAAAGUGUCCACAACUGUUUCUGUCCUGAAACAGCAUUUCCCCCUAUUUGUUGUGGACCCUCCCGGCAAGGGUUGCAACGUCGUCCAGCAAUGCCAAGGAAUGCACUGGUGACUCUCAGAUACGGGGCCUACAGGAGCUGUGGCAUCGUUGAACACAGGACCUUCCGUUUGCAGGGCUUACAAGCUGUGCUGAAAGCCGAUGGACACCAGGUAAUCCUUGAAGAAAUACCGGAUUGGAAUGAAGUGCAGCUCAUAGUAAAUGGAGAGACUGUGUUUCAGUGCAACAUUAAUGAUCUGGAUUUCGGAGGUGAUGGCCUACUGGACCCACUUUGCAAAGAAGCUAGAUAUGCAGUGUUAAAUGCUUACUAA